ACUUUCUACUGUUUUAGCCGCCUCGAAAUGCCUACGGUGGCGGUGGUGAAACACACGCUCUGUCACGAUUCCGUCACUGCGAAGACGAGAGGUUUUGAAGACAUAAGUUUCCCCUUUUCUCGAUAACAUGAGAUAGGGCUAUGGAGUUAAAAGAGGAGCAAGAAGAUGCAUGUGUAGGAGACUUGACUCAUCUAGUUUGUCGGAUAAAAGGGAGUUGGUGUGGAUUUUGUUGAUUUUUUGUGUUGUUGGUGAGAGUAUCUUGAAGAUCAUGUUGGCAUCAUCCAGAAAUUCGUAUCGUCAAUGUUCAAAAUCCAUGGUAUACAUCUCCAAAAUUUGCAGGAGCUCUCUCCUCUGCUCUACCAUUUUGGCUGAGGGCAAUCUAACUUUAUUGUCAUCAGAAAGAAAAACAUUAUUUGCCAGUUCAAUUAGUCCUGAAUCUAACACAUUGUUAUUUCAAAGAUCGUUUGCUUCUCAUCAGAAGCCAAGGUCGGAUGCUAUACGAAGUGAUGUUUCAAUUGAGCUGAAGGCUGAUAGAGAUGUGGUGAGAUUUUCAGUUGGUCAAGAGAUGCAGGAUGGUCCACUAAGAAAAGCUAAGAAAGUGGCCAGGAAGAUUAAAAUGUCUAAAAGGGCUAAAGUGAAUGAACUUAGGUUUUAUAGGUUGAAGGCAAAGAAGAAAAUGACAUCACCAAAUCCUGAAGUUAGAAUCAGAUACAAGCUUGAUAAGGCUAAACGGAAGGAAGUUUGGUUGAUCGAGAAGCUGAGAAAUUUUGAGGUUCCCAAAGCUCCAAUUGAACCACAGGAUCCUGAAAUUUUGACUGAGGAAGACCGCUUUUACCUGAAACGCACUGGUGAGAAAAAGAAAAAUUAUGUACCUGUUGGAAGAAGGGGAGUGUUUGGGGGUGUAGUUUUAAAUAUGCAUCUUCACUGGAAAAAUCAUGAGACAGUAAAAGUUGUAUGCAAGCCUUGCAAGCCAGGGCAAGUUCAUGAAUAUGCUGUUGAACUGGCACGUUUGAGCGGAGGCAUUGUUAUUGACAUUAAACCUGAUAAUACAAUAAUAUUUUAUCGAGGAAAGAAUUAUGUCCGACCAGAUGUUUUGUCCCCUCCAGACACCCUAUCCAAAGCAAAGGCAUUGGAAAAGUACAAGCUGGGGCAAUCACUAGAUCACACAAGUCAAUUUAUUGAGAAAUUAGAAAAAGAACUGGAAGACUACCAUGAAUACCUUGCUCAGAAGAAGGAAAGAUAUGCUUUGAUGAAUUUGAAUGUGAAUGUCUGACCCCUAAAGGUAUCGUCUUAUUAUUAGCAUGCUAAAGCUUCACAUUCCAUUGCCAACCAAAGGUAGCUAUCGCGACCAGUGCUCUUUCGAAAUAAGCAUGUGAACCAAAGCUCCAACGAUCAAGUUGAUGGUUGUCAAUCUUAUCAUUUAGAUUUUGUUACCAAACACCAACUUACAUCACUGCCCCAGCUGAAUCAGCUAAUAAUGAAAAAAGUCGCGCAAGAGGUAGUUAUUUGGCUUAAACGGCUAAAAUGAAAGAGUGACAUUUCAACGUUCUGUUUGUAUAUUGUUUUCUUGAAUUUAAUAAAGAAAUAUAUAUUCAAUAAUUUUAAUGUAAGAAAAUUGAGCCAUUUUAGCCCCAACUUUCAGAAAGUCAGUCACUCUAAGCUAUUUAAGCCUUAUAAAAUGGGCUCUCACCUGACUAAUGAACUGUAAUGAUGUUCAAAUUUUUGUUUAGCUUUUUUAAGGGAUUCAGAACCCUUUCAUAACUUGAUUUCUGAGGAUCAACAAUGAAAGAUGAUUAUAAAAUAAAGUGUAGACAUCCGCAUCUUUUAAAAGAAUCAAUUACAAUGAUUUUAAAAUUACCCCUGAAUGCCAAAUUAUUUGCAGGUUUUGACAUAGAGGUGUGGUAGUUAUUCAUUGAAAUCACUAACUGAUUGGUUCAGCUUGGUGGAUCAUUAUUCAAAGCAUGAAUUAUGGUACGCGGUGGUAUUUUACAAUUUUCGAAUUGAAAGGUUUGGAAGAGAGACAGCCUUGAGAACCAAUGCAGGCUUCAUUUUCACCAUGGGUUGCUUUUUAAGGUUUGGAGAAGCGAUGUCUUGCCGCUUGAGCCUUCUCAAUGUUGUUUCCCUCGGCGCUUUUGGAGUUGACCAGAUAGUUUGGAAAUAAAUUGACAGCAGGCAAAGUAUGCGGGUGGUGGGAACUGGGAAAAUGUAGGUUUAUCCAGGAUAUGUUUAGAGAAGGGAAAAUGAUGAAGGAAAAUACUUCGUAGUUUUCUUUUUAAUGUUUGGUUGUACUUGGGAAAAGGCAAUGGAAAAUCUCUUACUUACAUUUA